UUCUGCCUUGGGCCAGAACACACGUGCGCCAGGCUCCCCCUCCGAUACCACCGAGGCGAGGAGGAGGAGGAGGAGGAGAGAGCGACCACGGCUUGCCACCACCAGAUCGACCGACGAAUCCUCUUCCUCCUCCUCCGCGCCCUCGCCUCCUGUCGCCACCGCAAGCAAGGCAAGGCAAGGCAAUGCCGGCGGCGGCGGCCUCGUUGUCGCGGGCGGCAAACCGCGGGUAGAUAGGCGCCAAAUCUUGGGGAUGCCCGCCCGCCCCCUCCUAACAUUCUUCACCGUUUCUUCUUUAUAAAAAUUCUCUCUUGGCUUUUGUGCUCCGCCCCCUCUCCAUAUAUUCGCUGCCGAUUGCGGGGUCUGCUCUCGGUCUGUCCUCCCUGUUCUCGCUGUUGCCCUUCUUGUUUGUUCUUGGUGCCCGGUGCUGCUGGAUUGGUCCGCGUUCCGUGCCGGCCGCCGGAGAUGGAGAACGGGCAUGCGGGCAAGCACCGGGUGGCCGUCAUCGGCAGCGGCAACUGGGGCAGCGUCGCCUCCCGCCUCCUCGCCUCCAACACCGCCAAGCUGCCCUCCUUCCACGAUGAAGUGAGGAUGUGGGUGUUUGAAGAAACAUUGCCAACAGGCGAGAAGCUAUCCGAGUCCAUUAACCAAGCACACGAGAACUGCAAGUACUUACCUGGUAUUAAGCUUGGAACCAAUGUUAUUGCUGACCCCGACUUAGAGAGUGCAGUCAAAGACGCCGAUAUGCUGGUUUUUGUGACUCCCCAUCAAUUUGUGGAGGGUAUAUGUAAGAAGCUUGUGGGCAAACUAAGACCAGGAGUUGAGGCUAUAUCCCUCAUCAAGGGCAUGGAGGUCAAGAUGGAAGGACCAUGCAUGAUAUCAAAACUAAUUACCGAUACACUUGGAAUCAACUGUUGUGUCCUCAUGGGCGCUAACAUUGCAAAUGAGGCAAGUGUUUAUUCAACUUUCCAUGCGAAAUUCCUUAUAGCCUUCAGCGGCACAGAAAAAGUAAGUGGGUGUGUAUCUCAUAUGCAGAUCGCUGUUGAGAAGUUCAGUGAAGCAACAAUUGGAUAUAGGGAAGAUAAAGAAGCAGCAAACCGAUGGGCUAAACUUUUCACCACUCCUUACUUCCUAGUUGCUAUUGUGGAAGAUAUUGAGGGAGUUGAACUAUGUGGGACACUGAAAAAUGUUGUGGCGAUUGCUGCAGGUCUUGUUGAUGGCUUGGAUAUGGGAAACAACACCAAGGCUGCGAUAAUGCGGAUUGGUUUGCGGGAAAUGCGUGCUUUCUCUAAACUUCUGUUCCCUUCAGUCAGAGACAACACUUUCUUUGAGAGCUGUGGUGUGGCUGACCUUAUAACUACAUGCCUUGGUGGGAGAAACAGGAGAGUGGCAGAAGCCUUUGCAAGAAAUGGCGGCAAAAGGUCUUUUGAUGAGCUAGAGGCAGAAAUGUUGCAUGGGCAAAAACUGCAGGGGGUAUCCACUGCAAGAGAAGUCUAUGAAGUAUUGACUUAUCAUGGAUGGCAGGAACUGUUUCCGCUUUUAUCCACUGUACAUGAGAUCUGUAUCGGACAACUACCUCCUACAUCAAUAGUUGAAUACAGGCUCGCUGAAGGUCAAUCUUGAAGAUGCCAUCAAGAACAAUUUGGGCUUUGUAAAGUUUUCGAAGACCAAGCAUUCCAUUACCUUCCAAUUCCUGGCAAAGCAAGGCCCAGGAAGUUGUAGAUGCUAGAUGCUAGCUCAUUUUGUUUAUUCAUUUGUGGCAUCAUGUGUCACAUCUUACAUAUGUGCUGGCUUCAGCAAGACCAAGCAAGGUGUCAUCACCUGUUUGUAACAGUUUAUAAACUCUAUGGAGGCUGUUAAAUGUUUUUUAGGAGGUAACAUUUGCAUCAGCAGCCAUGACUGGGAAUCUUUGCCUGCAUGAUAA